UGUCCGGUCACAACAAAAAGUGAAAUUCGCGGCUGUCUGCAGUGAAACAGUUUUACAUGAGCAAAGGCUGGUUUAUUAGUCUCUAAAUACAUUUACAGAAGGACGUAGCGUCCUCGUUACGGUAGCAUUAAGCUGUGCAGUGAUGCUGGUCCUUGUUGUUACCGUCGUUGCUUUGGUUUCUCAAACGGCGGCUCGGUACACUCCGGACUGGACCAGUUUGGACGCCAGACCGCUUCCCUCAUGGUAUGACGAGGCUAAGGUGGGCAUUUUUAUUCACUGGGGUGUGUUUUCUGUCCCCGGGUUUGGUAGUGAGUGGUUUUGGUGGCACUGGCAGGGCCAGCAGCCCCCGGACCCGAAGUGUGUGAGCUACAUGUCAAAGAACUACCCGCCCGGGUUCAGCUACCCGGAGUUUGCGCCCCAGUUUCACGCGCAGUUCUUCAACCCGGAGGACUGGGCGGACAUAUUUAAGGCUUCUGGUGCAAAAUAUGUCGUCCUCACUGCCAAACACCACGAAGGAUUUACAAACUGGGGCUCUCCUAACUCCUGGAACUGGAAUUCAGUUGAUACUGGUCCUCACAGGGACCUAGUGGGAGACCUGGGAGAGGCAGUGCGCAACAGGUCAUUGCACUAUGGGCUCUACAACUCGUUGUAUGAAUGGUUCCACCCUCUCUACCUGACUGACAAGAAGAAUGGAUUCAAAACACAGGAGUUUGUGAUGCAUAAACUGCUACCAGAGCUUUAUAACAUGGUUGUAAGGUACAGGCCUGAGGUGAUCUGGUCUGAUGGGGACUGGGAAGCACCUGACACCUACUGGAACUCCACACAAUUCCUGGCCUGGCUUUACAACGACAGCCCUGUCAAAGAUACCAUUGUGACUAACGACAGAUGGGGAGCAGGCUGUGCCUGUAAACAUGGUGGCUACUAUAAUUGUGAAGACAAAUACACUCCAGGCCAGCUACCCAAGCACAAAUGGGAGAAGUGCACAUCUGUGGACACGUUUUCCUGGGGUUACCGUCGGAAUAUGAAGAUGAGCGAACUAAUGGACUUACCCACUAUCAUAGAGGAUCUGGUUCGCACAGUGGCUUUUGGAGGUAAUUACCUCCUCAAUGUGGGUCCUACACCUGAUGGGAUGAUCCCCGCAAUGUUUGAGGAGAGACUCAGGGGUGUUGGAGCCUGGCUGGAGGUUAACGGAGAGGCCAUCUAUGCUUCCAAACCCUGGAGGGUCCAGACCGAGAACACCACUGUGCCAGUCUGGUAUACAUCUAAAGGAACCACUGUUUAUGCCAUCAUGACAACAAAACCCCCCAAGCUCACAUUGCAACUACUGGGACCCAAAACAUCAGCAACCACCAAGGUGACUUUGUUGGGAAAUCCAAACCCACUCCCCUGGGCCCCAGUCCACCCCAGUGCUGGCCUCACUGUCCUUCUGCCUGAACUGCCUUAUUCCCCCAGUCGGGCCUGGACGCUCAAACUGGACAGUAUCCAUGCCAAGGGGUCUUCUUUUGCCUUUCACUCACCGACACCAGUCAGAUAAGGACUGAUGGCCCUCCACACCCCCACGCUGCCUUUUCUGA